AUGCUUAUUAUCAUUGCUGUUGUCGUGCCUAUCCCGCCAUCACAAAACAAAGUGAAAUCCAACAACAUUGGCGUGCUCGCAGACUCUUCGUCGACCUACCGUCACGCCGGGACUCGAGCUGGCCCACCUCAUUCUUCGUCUUCACGUGGCAAGCGGCCGUCCUGCCAUUCAGUGAUCCGUAAGUCAUUUGAUGAAACAACACUGCCUUUGGCCGAAGCAAGUUACAACUUAUGCUUCUGGCCACAACAGCAGGCUACGAAAAAGAAGAAGAAGAAGGAGAGGAUAGAGAGGAUAGAGAAUAAGAAGAAGAAGGAAAAGGAGAAAAAGGAGAAGAAGAAGAGGAAGCAGAAGGAGGAUAAGGAGAAGAAGAAGAGGAAGCAGGAGGAGGAGAAGAAGGAGAAAUAA